AUGGGCCCCUGUACCGCCUCCUCAUGCUGCUGCCAGGCCCGUAAUCUGUCAUGGGCCCCUGUACCGCCUCCUCAUGCUGCUGCCAGGUCCAGAGUGUGUCAUGGGUCCCUGUACGGUCUCCCAUUGCUGCUGUCUCCAUCGCCACACACUCUGCCAUGUGCCACUUUCAGGUCUCCUCACACUGCUGGUGGGUUCCAUUUUGUCAUAGGGUGCUGGCAGAUUACGGGCCUCCCAUUGCUGCUGCCAGGCCCGUAAUCUGCCAUGUGCCCCCGUACCGAAUCCUCAUGCUGCUGCUGCCAGGCCCGUAAUCUGUCAUGGGCCCCUGUACCGCCUCCUCAUGCUGCUGCCAGGUCCAGAGUGUGUCAUGGGUCCCUGUACGGCCUCCCAUUGCUGCUGUCCCCAUCGCCACACUCUGCCAUGUGCCACUUUCAGGUCUCCUCACACUGCUGGUGGGUUCCAUUUUUUGUCAUAGGGUGCUG